AGCAUUAUAUCCGGUUACAAGUUGAUAACUCAAUCCAUAACUGAAGGUAAAUCCAAAUUUGUAAGGAGUUUUAUCAUAAUCUAAAUCUACAGUUCGAAACUUUUGUUUUUUGUUCGUUUUCUCGAUUGUUUUUGUCCUGAUCAACUUUUCGUCUCGCUCGUCUCUCCUAACAAAAUCGAGAAAGAAAAGGUCACAAAAAAAGAUCAGAAUCCUCAGUGCUUCUUCCCAUUACCAGGUAACCAACCAUCAUCUUCAUCCUCAUCAUCGUUAUCACCUAAUUAACUUGUGGAUUAAAUUGAAACUGGAUAAACUAGAUAAUCAUUUUCUGUGCCCAAAGAAAUUAUUGUGUCAGUUGAAAUUUUUAAAUACAAAUUGAAACUUUAAUUUGCUAAUUGAACCUGAAAGAAGAAAUAAAAAGUUAAUCACUCAAUCAAUUAUCAUCGAUAUUAUUUCCAUAUCUCCCUCUCACACUCUCAUCGAUAUUACAAUCAACUCCAACGAAAUUGAUUCUGAUACAAUCGAUUCGAUAUUCAUAUUAAGUUAAAAAGAGAUGAAAAUGCUUCUUAGAGCCUCGCAUAUCAAUGUUAUCGUUUUCGUUUUGUUCGGAUUGGCCCGUGGCGCUUAUCUUAUCGAUUUUUCUCACGUUUUCCAUCGAAACUUGGCAAACGUUAAACGCGAAGUUGAUACAGAGCGAUGUCGACCAACCGAGCCAUUCCGUUGUCCGGGUAAAGAAAAUGUAUGCAUAUCUAUACAAUAUCUAUGUGAUGGGGCACCCGAUUGUAAGGAUAAUUACGAUGAAGAUCCGAGACUUUGUACGGCGGCUAAAAGACCUCCAAUCGAUGAGACUGCUAAUUUCCUACAAACACUAUUAACUCAACAUGGACCAAAUUACUUGGAAAAAUUGUUUGGUCGUAAAGCCAGAGAUGCACUCGAACCACUCGGUGGUGUUCAAAAAGUUGCCGAAGCUUUAUCAGAAAGUGAAACAUUGAUGGACUUUGGUAAAGCUUUACAUCUAAUGCGAAGCGAUUUGGAUCAUCUUCGAGAUGUAUUCGUCGCAGUCGAAUCUGGUGAUCUGAGUUUACUUAAAUCGCUCGGGAUUAAAGACACCGAAUUAGCUGAUCUCAAGUUUUUCUUAGAUAAACUCGUUAGCACUGGAUUUUUAGAUUAACGCCAAUAUCCCUAAUCCGUUAUAACCUUUAAUCCAAAGAAUCAGAUCCAAUCAACAGCAUGAAAAAGCAUCACCAUUAACAACCAGUUAUCAACAAUCAACUAAACCGAUAACAGAGUGAAAAGGAAUAAAAUAAUAAUAAUCAACAACAACAAUCAAAUUAACAAUCAAAGAGACAAGACAAUGAAAUCGAUUGAUAAUUAAAUUAAACACGAAAGAAAUUAAAGAAAAAAAAA